UCCAGCAAAGUUCAGAAUGAGUAGUGACCUCAAGACGAAGAGGAUGCACUGGAUUAGGAGGAGUUUGCAAGCAACUACUAAUUGGGUCCUGCAAAUUAAUUACUGUAAACAGGAGCAAUUCCGGGCUAUGAGGACAUUAAAGAGCAUUUUGGAGUUAAUCUGGAGCAAGGAAGACCAAUCGGAGGUGAGCUCGCGCAAAAGAAGAAAGAAAACUAAAGGCAGAAAUAUCCUCCAGGUGCGCGGUCCAUCCGUGGUCGUGCACUGGCACACUCAUCAGGCAGAACAAAAGGCAAUAUGCGCGGUCCAUCCGCGGCUGCGCAUAUCACUCCGAGGAUUUUAUUUCAAGGGUAAAAUUGUAAGUUGAGAGGCAAUUCUCCUUGACCUAUAUGAAGCCCAGCUCACCCAAAAAGAGGGUAUCUUGGUUUUUGGAAGGAUUUUAAAGGCAAGAACAGGCAAGAAGCGAGACAGAAGAUUCGGCAUAGAGUUUUUAUCUUUCUUCCUCUUGUUUUUAUCAUUGAUGAUGAAUUCUAUUGUGAUGAUUGU